AUGAUCAGUAUUGGUAUCAAGAAACAUCAACCAGAGUGCCCAUCUCUACAGAUUAUGGAAGCACCAAAGGAAAUUGAGAAGCACAUGGACGAUGUGAGAAGGGAGGGAGUAAAGGAAUCUGAAAUACAAGAGAUUGUUGAUAUCAAAACACUACUACUCACUCCAUGUGUGGGCUUCCAACAUGUUCUCAACUUCCACAAUCUGAGACAAAUAACAAUCUUGAAAAAUCAGAAGUUGAAGACUUUGUUCUCUGUCUCUACUUGCAGAAACCUAUCACAGUUGUCUCAAUUAGAUGUAUGGAGUUGUGAAGAAUUAGUUAAUGUGGUUGAAGAUGAUUCUAAUCAUCAUCAUCAUCAUGACAUGAACAAUAGCUCCAUUUUCCCAAAACUGGAGGAUCUAAGGAUCGACGAUUGCAACAAGCUGGAGUUUAUAUUUCCCCUGUCUCUUUCUGGUACUCUUCAAAAAUUAAAAUAUUUGAGUAUCUGGAAAACUGCUGAGUUGAAAUACAUUUUUGGGAAAUAUGAUGAUGGAGAUCAUUUAUCAAAUACAAUUCAUCUCCCUGCUUUGGAAACACUAUCACUUAGAGAUGUACCAAAGUUAAUCAACAAUAUUGGUGCCAAAAAAUAUCACCUCAGCUUUCCGCCUCUACGAAGCAUUGAUUUGCAGGGUCUUCAAGAGUUCAACGGAAGAUCUUUUACAGAUUUGGUGGCUUAUUUACAAGGAAUACAAUUGAAUGUGAAAGCUCCAAAGGACCUGAUGAAAAUUAUCAAGGAUAUGCAGAAGCUGACAACUCUUGACGUAAGAGACUCCAAAAUAGAAGAGGUUCUUAAUUUGGAAGGAGUGGAAAUUGAAGGUCCAUUCAUGACAUUAAGCAUUGCAAGGAUGCGGCUGGAAAAUCUAUGUGAGUUGAGGCAUAUAUUCAGGAGACCCAAAUAUAUUUUGAGCCUCCCCAAUCUUCAAGAACUAAACAUCAUAGCAUGUAAAAAGCUAACAGUAAUAUUCUGUGUCUCAAUAGUGAGAAACCUCCCACAAUUAUCCUAUUUAAGUAUACGAGAAUGUGACGAAUUAGUUGACAUCAUUGAAGAGAGUGAUGGGGAUCAUUUGCAUCAACUUUAUUUCCCAAAGUUAAAGGGAAUUGACAUCAAGUGUUGUAAUAGCUUGAAAUUCCUCUUCUCUAUCUCAACAUGUGGGAUGUUUCCAAAGUUGGUGGUCUUGCAAAUAGAAGAAGCCUCUGAGCUUGAGCAAAUAUUUAUGUGCAAACAAGAUAAUAUGCAGAAGAUGGCAAAAAUGGGAGAAUUUUUUCCCAAAUUGUCAAUUGUAACACUUAGAAAACUUCCAAGGCUUAUUUCAAUUUGUAAGGGGAUUGAUUUUAAGGAUCUGCAACAUUGCAGGGUGGAAGAUUGUCAAAAAUAUCCAGAAACUGGUCAAAUGACAAAAGAACCUAAAAAUGGGGAUUCAGAAAAUCAAUCAACAUCAAGUGUUUUGCCAGAAGUUGGAGAGAGCUCGGAGGAAGCAAUGAAGACAAGUGUUGAAGAAGUUGCAUCAUCAAUGAUUACUCAGAGUAUCAAAGAGAUAACAGAAUCAAGUCUUCAAGAGAAUUAUGCAACAGAGGAUGCCAUGAUAGCAAUUCUAUCAACUAAUUCAAAUUCAAGGAAGCAAUCCACUAUACCAUUUGUCAACUCUAGAAAUGAUUCUGUAAAAGAGUCGGAGGAUGAACGGUCAACAUGUGAAGCAACUUCAUUGGGCCAACAACAGGAUCUUGGACAAACAAAAAUAUCCAUUAAUGAUGAUGAUUUGACAAAGAAAGACUCUGGAAGAGGAACAGUCAUGACAAACCAGCAAGCACGCACAGAAAAGACAUCUGCUAGUGUUGAAAGCUUUCAAGAGAAGACUACAACAAUGGAAGCUAAAAUAGAUACUUCCUCCUUUUAUUCACAUGGAAAGGCCUCACAAUCAGGUCCAUCUAUGAUGGUUGCUGGUGUGGAAGAAUGUGUGAAACACGACCUUCAAAAGCAUGAUUCAUCAAAUGAAGACGAGGUAGCAAUUCAAUCAUCGAAUCUAGAGUUAAUGAAGCGACCAAGAGGAUCAUCGCAUAUGCUUUUUGAAAAAGAAUCUUCACAGACUGCUAAAGAAACGAGAGGCAUAAAUGUUCCUAUGAAGAACAACACAAGCCUUCCUGAUGGUAUUCCCUCUUCCGGUCAUCGUAAGGAUCUUUGUUUUUGUGAUGAUUUCAGAUCCUCCUUCUGUCAUGUGCUGACUUUCUUGGCCAUAUACUUGUCAGAAUCACAAACUGGUAUUACUGAUUCUUCUUCUCCACCAAUACUAGAGAUUGGUGAAAUCUUACAACUGGUGGCGUUAAAAGACGAUGAACCAGCUUUACUGGCCAAAGCACUUGAGCAAUAUCCUGAACUAAAGCUCUCUCGUGGACAACGUACACACCAAGUAAUAGCUUUCUCCUACAGAGUGUUGACUAAUAUUUUGGUGAUGCUGGUGACCAAGACACCUCGUACCAUUACAACCUCAGACAAGUUGACCUUGGAGGAAAACUUGGGUACUGCAACAUUUUUAGGCUUCGACAAAGGAUGGAUUGAAUCAGUUCGAGACAAAGUUUUUGGCAAGGACAUGUUUGAUGUCACGAAGGUGGAAGAAGAAAUGCAGAAAAUGAAGGAAGAACUGGAGGCACGUGACAUUAUGUUGGAGCAAGUUCGAAAGCGGAGAGUAGAAAUCGAACAGCAAAUUGCUGGGGAUUGGACUGUUGGAGAUGGUGCAGAGUGA